AUCAAAAUUGAUUUCAUACAUCGUAAACCCUAGAAAGAAAUUCGUAAUCAAAAUGCCCGACAACAUACCGUUCGAAAUCCAAACGGAAAUCAUGAAGAGACUUCCUGUGAAGUCGUUGCUUAGAUUCCGAUCUGUCUCCAAAUCAUGUAAGUCUCUGAUCGACAGCUCUGAUUUUAUUAAGCAUUAUAUCGGCCAACAGCAGCAGCAUCUGCUUGUACGUUGUUAUGAUUGCGUUGCACAUUUUGAAAAACAAUCCAUGUCCAUUGUUGAUGAUGAUAGUUUACCCACACAGACAGCUUCCGUUACUCUUCCCUCCUUGGUUGAAUAUCCCAACUUAAUCGGCACCUCUCACGGCUUGUUCUGUUUCUACGGCCCCUCCUCGCGCAGGGCUGUUAUCUUCAAUCCUUGCAUUAGAACAACGCUUGCUUUUGCUGUCCCUCGUGUCACCAAUGAUCACUUAUAUCAAACCGUUAUAGGUUUUGGGGUUUGUCGUCACACCGCUGACCCUAAGAUUGUCAAGAUUACACUUACUAAAAAAAGCGAUAGACAUAUCAAUAGUCCUUGGCAAGUUGAGGUGUUUACGGUAAGCACAAGUACCUGGAGAAGUGCAUAUAGCACCAAUCUUCCUCGUAACUCGAUUAGUAUUUAUAUGAAUCAGGUGGUUGUAGAUGGGUGUCUCUAUUGGCUUGCUAUUGAUGGAUGUUCUUAUUUGAUUGUUUCGUUUGAUCUGACAAGUGAAGAAUUUAGAGAGGUAAACCUUCCGGAUAGCUUAGCCCAGUUUCGUGGUAGUUUGGCUUUGUCCUUGUAUAAGCUAAGGGAGUCCCUUGCUGUGAUUAAAGAUGGUGUGGAGGCCAAUAAACGAGUUUAUCAUGUAUGGAUGAUGCAUGAUGAUUCGUUUAUAAAGCUCUACACUAUUAAUAGUAGUCACUCACCAGAUGUAUCCAUACUGCGUGUGUGUGGAUUUAGGAAGACAGGUCAACCUUUAAUCGAAUUAUCAGAAGCUCAUCCUGGAUCUACUAGUAUACUUGCUGCUUAUGAUCCCUACUCUAAAUCCAUCACUUAUAUUAGGAAUGAUGGAAAUUAUUCUUCAUAUACUGUGCAUUCCUACAUGGAAACACUACUUCUUCUUUGAUCAGCCCGUUUUUACUUCUGCUUUUGAAACAUACAAGCAAGGUUUGAGCAUGUCGAAAGGAGUGCGUUUGGACUUUGGAGCUUCCAGAAAACUUUGUUUAGCUAACACAAUGGACUACUUACUAAAGAAAUUAUGUUGACCUUUAUUUUUUUGAAGAUAUAUCUAGAGGUAAGAUAAUCCGUGAUAAUAACAAUGUUUUGUUAUGUAAUAUGUGUAGUGAAUGAUUUCAUUCCAUACUUGGUGAUACCUUUAAUUAAGCUUUGCAUGUUCUCAAGGAUGAGUUGAUAUGGGAGAAAGUAGAACAACCUUCCUUUAA